AUGGCGGACCACGAUGCAACUAGACCGCCGGGCCACGUCGACUCCAGAAGCGGCCUUUUGACACCAGAUGGUCGGGCUAGGAAUAGCUACGAGACGGGAGAAUCAAGUCGCAGUGGUGGUCGGCGCGAGGGCAUCGCAGCGAGUCAGCUGCCCACGUACACUGGCGGCAGCCAGCACCUUGGCGCUGGUCUCGGACAGGCAGAACAGAAUGGGCAGGAUGGCAUUCAAAGAGGGGGAAGUACACGACGAAAAGCGAAAUACAAAUCCGGGGGAGGAUUCUUGGUACACGACUCCAUAUCGGGCGACAGACGACAUGCUAGUCGAGGGUCUGUCCGGGACAGUUUACAGCUGAAUGGCAAGGCGUCGCAGUCUCCGCGUACACCGCAAUCUUUGCGAUCGAAUAACAGGCAGUCGCUGAAACCGAAUGAAAGUUCUGGACGGAGUUUGCGAGAUAAGAGCAGCUUGUCACCUCAAAGUAUUGGGAACCGCAGUGACGGGUCUGCUCAAAAGGAUGUCCUCAACAAAGAUUCUGAAGAGCCUUCGCCGCCGCCUCGGGCUUCUGUAGAAAGUGCUGGUGAUGUUGAUUCGACACAGAUUGUGCAGAUGGCACUGAACCUUAGCGAAUCUCGACGCAUCGCUUCCCGACGAACUGUCUCACGCAAUACGCCUCCUCGACUGGGGCCGUUACCGGAUGGAAGCUCUGGGAGUAACCUUCGACAACAUUUCCAGCAGCAACGAAAAUCUUCCUAUAACAACAGUCCCAUGUUUCAACAGGCUCAGUCUCCGCGGUUAUCGUCUGGGAAGUUUGAGUCAAGCUUUGAAGGCAGUGGACAUGACACACAUUACCGAUAUCACUUCUCGGCUUCGACUUUGGCCAGGGCGCAAAAAGCCAAGGAACAUUUAGAACUUAUGGCGCAGUACAGAAGGCUUCUUGAGGUUUUGCCGCCCCUCAAGUCUGCCGCGUCUUUGGCCACAAGUCCUCCAGGAUCCCCGAUCGGCAAUAAGCCAUUUAGGUUUGCUCCCGGGGACAAUGUUCCCCUAGGGCGGCAUUAUAAUCCGCUACAAUACAUUCGAAACCGCAAGGUACGGGCCCGUGAGCGAAAAGUCAUUGAUGGAGAAAGGCAGGGCUUUGCGGACGUGGAGGGCGUCAAACCAUGGGUUGACAAGGUGGUUGAACGAGCGACAUCAUUUGCAACACAUCCUGACGAAGACGGAUCAUUCAUGCCUGCGUUCCCUGGAGCAGACGAGGCGACCAACCAAAUCUCCCCGGACAGUAGCUCGAGAGCCGCAGCUCGCGUGAGGCGGCCACGGGUAGACUGGUUCAUUGAACCGUGUGAUAUAGUGGCUGAUGCAUACUGGCUAGAACAGGAGCGUCACAAGGAACUCAUUGAGGACCGCAACUGGCGCAAAAUAUUCCCUACGACUACAAAUCUGACACGGCCCAUGUCUAACGAAUCGGGUGUUUCUCCCUUCGAGGUUAUGCCACCUUUCUCAAUGCAGGAUGACAGCACUAUGGACCCGCCAAUCUCAGGCAUCUCCAAAGUUGACACUGAUUUAUCUCAUAGCAGUGCAAAAGACCGAGCAAAGCAAACGUUACACAAUAUCAGGGCGUUUCCACAUCGCCAUGGUGGCCAGGCACACAACAUUCACCACGACCUAGUCUGGCAUAGAAAGGAUUCUACAUCGGAUAUAUCUGGCAGCGAAAAUGAUCACAAGGAUUCAAAGAGGCCCUCUCGCCAGGGGAAGAAUGGCGGCAGUGCCAGCACCAACAUGACCAAGGACCUCUUAGAGAGGCAGAUGCUUGAGAUGGUUGCCAAAGAUGCCCGGGACCGAGAGUUAUCGGAUGCAUUUUCUGAUCAGGAACCAAUUGGAUCCCCCGCUGGAGUGAAGACACCAGAAAAUAAGACAUUAUCACAACCGCCCAGUCGCUUCCACAGCAGAAAUGGCUCAUUGGUCGACACCAGCGACUCGGAUCGAAAGCCUGCCGCGGAUAAUAAGAUGUAUCUUGGCUCUCCACCCCGAUAUGUGCCAGGACGACAGAGCCUUGAUGUUGCUGAUCGACCUCGGAAGUUUUCCUAUGACAGGGACUCCUCGCUGCCAACCUCCCCUGAGCUUAAGCCAGCUCGAGGAAACACCGAACCAGCUAUUGCCGCUAAUCUUUCUCCAGCGUGGAGUCGAUCUGGUUCGCCUACAAGGAACCCCAUUUCCAAGAUCAAACAGAUCAUUCGUGACAACAAAACGAAUGAUCCAGGGACAGAGCAAGACGACAGUCGUCGAGUGUCUGCUCCGGAGCCUAAUUCACCCGUAGAAAAAGUGAAUGUGCCAGAUAGGCGACAAUCCAGCCCUGUUAAGACGCCAGUGCCGGAGUCGCUACUCCUCGAUCCGUCUAAAACCCAUCGUCGGUCUGGAAGCACUCGGCUUCGCGCUGAUGAGCAAGGCCCUGGACUUCGUGGCAUGUUUAAGGGUCCGCGAAUCGACAAUGUCAUUCGCGGUGGUGUGUCGAAACUCGGCGACAUGUUGUGGAAGAGGGACGGAUCGAGCGAAUCCCCUCCUGACACGGAGACCACAGAUGAGUCGGAGAGUGAGAAGACUCGCGGACGAUCUAGAUCGUCCACAAACGUGUCACGAAAGCCAUCCAAGCGGGCCAUAGAUGGCAAUCAGGGUCAGCCGAAGCAUUUUCUGGAUUCUAUGCCUCAGUUCCAGCAUGCCCCGGACCUCAAUCACACACACAGCGCCAGCAAUAGCAAAGUUGACUUGGGCUCGCCGGGUUCAGCGAAUCAAAGUCGACAACAAUCUCGAACUGAUCUGCUCCGUCCUCCCCAGUUCGAUCCCCGCAGUGCGUCGUCCUCUGCAUCCGCCGGCGGCCGACACGGCAAGAGGGGUGAUUCCGAUGUAUCAGAAUCAGAGUCGCGGCACGGCAGUGUUCCUGAUGGUGUUAGAGAUGCAGACAAGCGGCUGAAUUCCAUGCUUGGAUCAUCCCGAUUAGAAGACGAUGGCCGAUCCUUUAAGAGCAGACACUGGUCGAUUGCGGACAAGGAAACACCCACCGAGCAAACGCGACUCACUCGGCGUGAAAUCGCACGCAUGCGUGCCUUGGUUCUCAGCACAGGCGUCAAGGCAAUGGAGAUUAACCGCCGAGCCCAAGAAGCACACAAACCUUUCCGUGCGGACAGCUUAGCGGUGACUGGCCACGCACCAGGCAAGAGCUGCGCCAAUAUAAGUUGGUCCGACAUUGCAAAAUUUUGCCCCGAAACAGCCCAGCAAGACCGCGGGGUCCAAUACUACGAACUCUACGCCCUGGCCGGGCAGUCGCUCAGCACGGCCAUUCAAGCAUCUGGCCGAAGAUGGCAAGCAUCAGCAGAUCAUUUCACAUACCGAACGAGCCCGCAACUGCAAAACCGCAUAGGGGAUGUCCGGUCCCGCAUCGCUGAUGAUCUUUCUGAACGCAGCCGCAAGGCAGCUGAUUUGGCGGACGAGACGAAUCGCGACCUGGCUCUCGGCCAACCACUCAAAGUCAAAGUCGUGGUCGAUAUUAUCGAAAAGAUGCUACGCAGAAGACGACGUCGCCUGCGAUGGGUCCGACGAGCGCUCUGGUUGACGGUGGAGUGGCUCCUCGUUGGAUUCAUGUGGUACGUGUGGUUUAUGGUGAUGAUACUCCGAGUCUUUCUGGGUAUCGGUAAAGGAAUGUGGCGUGGGGUACGAUGGCUGCUUUGGCUGUAG